AUGCCGAACGAAAAAAGCUCAAAGAAACGUAGGCAUGCAUCUUUAAAUGACGCGUCUAACUCAAGUAAAAAAGAGCAAAUUUCCAACUCGAAAAAUCGAAUAUUAUCUAAAAAAAACAAGGUCGCGAUAGGAGGAGAACCUGAGAAAAAUGAAUCUAAACAACUUAAUGAUAGCACAUCAAUAUCAAAAGUCACAAAUAGCGAUAAUUCUCCGUUAAAAACAAAAAAUUUCCGUAUGAUUGCUGGUAGUUACGAACGAAUUCUUUAUGGAAUUGAUGCGAAGUGGAUAAAAUCUAAUGAAGAAACCAAAUUGCAUUUGAAGCCAAUAUUUAUUUUCCCCGCGCAUAUCGGGUGUAUCAAGACAGUAGCAGUUGGUGGUCGAUAUUUGGCAUCGGGUAGUACGGAUGAAAUAAUAAAAUUAUAUGAUCUAAAAAAAACAAAAGAGCUUGGAUCUCUGAUACAACAUCAAGGAUCAAUUACAACUCUUCAAUUCUAUAAUAAGAGUCACAUGCUAAGUGGUAGUGACGAUGGUAAUAUCUGUAUUUGGCGAACGAAGGACUGGGAAUGUCUGAAAACAAUGAAAGGGCAUAAAGGACGAGUCAAUUCCUUGGCAAUACACCCGUCUGGUAAAAUUGCUUUGUCGGUUUCAAAUGAUAAAACUGUGCGUUUAUGGAACUUAAUGACCGGAAGGAAAGCAAAUUCAAAUAAAAUUGGAAAAGAAGGUGAAAUAGUGAUUUGGAAUACGACCGGUGAACAAUAUGCGAUUUUAAUGAAUAAUGAAAUUGACAUCUACAGUAUUAAAAAUGCUCAAGUCGUCCAUAAAUUCCAACAGCGAUCUCGAUAUGUUUGCAUGAAGUUUUACGAACAUCCAGAAUUAGGCGAAUUAUUGGUGACUGGUAGUGAAGAUAAGACGAUAAAUGUUUAUGACGUUAAUGAUAGUAAAUGUUUGGUAACUUUGAUCGGUCAUAAAAAUAGAGUCAAAGCUAUCGAUAUCAUUCAUUCUGCACCAGACGAAAAAUCUAUAUCACCGUUAACUAUCUUGGUGUCCGUUUCAUCGGAUGGUGAAAUCAAUGUGUGGAAUUUAAGUGAAGCGUUAGAAUUUUCCAAAAAUGAUAACAAUAAAAAUCAAAAAAUUCAAGAAAAUCCAUCCAAUAAUAACACAAUAGCGUUCACAAAAAUAUUAGCCUCGUAUGACACUAAAAGUCGCUUAACGUGUCUUGUACUUUCAGGAGGAUUUGGUGAUGUUGGAGAUGAUGAUAUUGGCGAAGACGACAACGAUGAUAUUGUCAUGGGUGAUGAAGAUAACGAAUAA